AUGGCCGCGGAGCUGAGCAUGGGGCCCGAGCUGCCCACCAGCCCGCUGGCCAUGGAGUACGUCAACGACUUCGACCUGCUCAAGUUCGAUGUGAAGAAGGAGCCGCUGGGGCGCGCCGAGCGCCCGGGCCGGCCCUGCACGCGCCUGCAGCCCGCCGGCUCGGUGUCGUCCACCCCGCUCAGCACGCCCUGCAGCUCGGUGCCCUCGUCGCCCAGCUUCAGCCCCACCGAGCAGAAGACCCACCUGGAGGACCUGUACUGGAUGGCGAGCACCUACCAGCAGAUGAACCCCGAGGCGCUCAACCUGACGCCCGAGGACGCGGUGGAGGCGCUCAUCGGCGCGCACCCCGUGCCACAGCCCUUGCAGAGCUUCGACGGCUUCCGCGGCGCGCACCACCACCACCACCACCACCACCACCCCCCGCACCCGCACCACGGGUACCCGGGCGCCGCCGGCGUGACCCACGAGGAGCUGGGCCCGCACGCCCACCAGCACCAUCACCAUCAUCACCAAGCGUCGCCGCCGCCGUCCAGCGCUGCCAGCCCCGCGCAGCAGCUGCCCACCGGCCACCCCGGGCCCGGGCCGCACGCGGCGGCCGCGGCGGGGACGGGGUCCGGGGGCGGCGGCAGCGUGGAGGACCGCUUCUCCGACGACCAGCUCGUGUCCAUGUCGGUGCGCGAGCUGAACCGCCACUUGCGGGGCUUCACCAAGGACGAGGUGAUCCGCCUGAAGCAGAAGCGGCGGACCCUGAAGAACCGGGGCUACGCCCAGUCGUGCAGGUACAAACGCGUCCAGCAGAAGCACCACCUGGAGAACGAGAAGACGCAGCUCAUUCAGCAGGUGGAGCAGCUUAAGCAGGAGGUGUCCCGGCUGGCCCGCGAGAGAGACGCCUACAAGGUCAAGUGCGAGAAACUCGCCAACUCCGGCUUCAGGGAGGCGGGCUCCACCAGCGACAGCCCCUCCUCUCCCGAGUUCUUUCUGUGA